CCAAAUAAUACGUCAACUGCGUACAUAACCCCUCGCGACUCCAGUUACCAAAUCAACGGCAACGAUCUGCAAGUCGCGCGCGCCACGACAAAAAAAAAUUGACGACGGUGCAGUUGUCGUUGUUGUGUGAUAUUCGUGAAUAAACAAAGCAAAAUAAACAAAAAACGAUGCCGGGAACACCGACCACCGAGCAGCAGAACAACAGUGCGGAGGUCAACCAGGUACCCGAGGACCCGACGAGCGUCGUCGUCGUGGUCCAGCAGCGAGACGAUCAGCCCUCGCCACCAGCCGUGACCAAUGUUCCAGCUCGCGAGAUCACCCAGACGGACAAGCUCAACAAGCGACUGCUCGUGUCCUUUCUGAAUCGCAUGAACAGCCAGAGCGACUCGCAGAAGGACGAGCCCGUGUCCGACGAGGAGGAGAACAACAAGGAGGACAGCGACUCCAGUUUCGAAUGAGAUGCAGUAUUAAAACGUCGAU